GUAUAGUUGGGGGUUUAGAGGGUAUAGUAGUAGGAGGAGAAGCACGGAGCUGCUGGAUGGAGAGAAACAGGAGCAGAACUGAUGAAGGACCUGAAGAUAGAAGACCCUUAUUUCCGCGUAACCAAUAGAAACCUCACGCUUUUACUGGAAACCAUUAAAAGAUUACCUGAAACAAUGGAGAAAUGGAAGUGAUGCCCUGAUGCAAGCCACCUCCUGAUGCUAGUGUUAAACUUCACAAACUUCUCAACGUUUUAAUUGUUCAGUCUUCACAAACAUGUCUGAAGGUGAACAAAGCCAAAUACUGGAGAGUUCCAGCAGCGAGAUCAGAUCAGAUUACCACUGUUCAGACUGUGGGAAGAGUUUUACCCUGAAGGAUUAUUAUGAAAUGCACCAGUGCGUUAAAAAUGGAGAGCAACCGUAUCAAUUCUCUGAGUUCGGGGAAAGUUUUACAGAACAGGAUCAUCUCCAACAAUUCCAGCACCUUAUGCAUCAGUGCCCGGAGUGCGGGAUGAGUUUUAGACAACAGCGUGAUCUCGAACGACACCAGCGAAUUCAUACCGGAGAGAGGCCAUAUCCGUGUUUAGAGUGCGGAAAGAGUUUUACCUUACCGAACGAUCUCCAACGACACCAGCGUAUUCACACCGAAGAAAAGCCAUAUCUCUGCUCAGAGUGCGGGAAAACCUUUAGGGAGGGUGGUGCCCUCAGUAGGCACCAACGUAUUCAUACUGGAGAGAAACCGUAUCAGUGUCCAGACUGCGGUAUGAGUUUUACUUUAAAGGGUAAUCUCCAAGCCCACCAAAGGAUUCAUUCGGAAGAAAAGCCGUAUAUCUGCACAGAGUGUGGGAAAACGUUUAGGCAGGGUGGUGACCUCCGAAGGCACCAUCGCAUUCACACCGGAGAGAAACCGUAUCAGUGCUUAGAGUGUGGAAAGAGCUUUAAUUUACAGAGUCAUCUCAAAACCCACCAGAGAAUUCACACUGAAGAAAGACCGUACGCCUGCUCAGAGUGCGAGAAAUCAUUCAGACUGCUUGGUGCUCUCAAGAGGCACCAACGUAUUCACACCGGAGAGAAACCGUAUCAAUGCCCGGAGUGUGGAAAGAGCUUUAAUAUACUGAGUAAUUUCCAAUCACACCUUCGCAUUCACACUAAAGAAAAGCCGUACGCCUGUCCGGAGUGCGGGAAAACCUUUAGGGAUGCUGGGAACUUCAGAAGGCAUCAACUCCUUCAUACUGGAGAGAGGCCAUAUCAGUGCUUAGAAUGUGGUAAAAGCUUCAGUCAACAGAGUAAUCUCCAGGCUCACCAGCGUCUUCACACCGGAGAGAAACCGUACCAGUGCACCGAGUGCGGGAAGAGCUUCGCCCAGCAUAGCAAUCUGCAAGAACAUCUGCGGAUUCAUACCGGAGAGAUGCCAUAUUACUGUGCAGAGUGUGGGAAAAACUUCAGACAUUCGAACUCUUUAAGGAUUCACAAAUGUACGAAGAAAGAGGCGGGACCAAAACUAAACGAUGGGGACAGAAUCGCAACGGGGGAGGAGUUUUUAGUUACUAGAGAAAUCUACAAACAGGAGCCGGAGGAAUCAGAGACGGACGGCGUGGCAGAAAUUAGCGUUGACUAAUUGACUUAGUGAACAGAAAAAUAAUCGAGUAUCUGACUACCAAAAUAAUCACGUAGUUGCAUCCCAAAUCGUGUAGCAGAUGAUACAUGAUCAUGCAAUGAACAAUGUGGUCUGCUAAUGCCAGGUUCUCACUACACGACUUUUUGAGUCCUCGGUCAUUGUGCUGUUAACUGUACAUGAUUGGUUGUGCUGUAAUUGUGAGUCCUUCAGUUGUUGAGACUCUCACACUAAAUGACUGAUCAGCGAAACGGAGUCACAAAUAACACAAUUUCUCACGUGGUAAACCUCCGACUCACCUGGCUGCUCUCCAGAAACACGUUUCGUCACGAGAACUCACCUGAACUAAACACACGAAUACUAGCAAUGCCAAACCAGAGAAUCUCUAUAGAGGAGAAUACGCACUUAAAGUGAGUCCAACAUGAGUUCAUAUGAAGCAACUGAGUAAAAUCAGAGUUUAUAAAUAUCUGAUCAGCUGAUGUCCUAAUGUCCUCGACACAGAAUAACUAUAUCAAAUGUUUCAAUAAUGCAGACCUCAUUUCUUAUCAUUUUGAACUCCAGUUAAAAACCUUUUAAACAUGCUCUGCCUGUAUCUCCAGCAUCAGCUCAUUAAACAACCAAUCAGCUCACCGUAGCAGUAAUGCUAAAGAUUUACAGUUUAAAACCUUUUCUGUUUUCUGUAGAUAAACUGAAAUAUACUAGUUUGAUUUCUUUGCUUUUUUUUUACUAAAAUACAUUAGUCUACUUUCUAAAAUUAAUUAAAGUUUUUAGCUUUUAGCUUCAUUCCCCCCUAUUUAUAGAGGACUCACUCUCAGCUCCCUCAAUUUAACAGUAAUUUACUGAUAUAUCAGGGGGAAUGGUAGGGUAGUCAGACUCACUAUAAACAGCUCUGGUGUGUUUUGGACCCGUGGUUCUCUUUCUGUGAUCUCAUUGGCUGUAUGUAGCCGCUUCUCCUGACUCCCAGUCCACGACUGAGUCAGAUAUAAAACUGGUCGGCAAUCAGUGAAAAACUUUCGGCAACUGAAAAACUGGCCCAAAAUCGUGUAUUGUGAACCUGGCAUUACGGUUAUUAAACUUAAGUGUUUCUACACUUAUAGUUGUAACUAUACUUUUGCUCCGGUCUAAAUCACUUAAAGAUUUAGUAAACUUGCAAUUUCCCUU